AUGGCACAAACAACAUUGAUUCCUCUGCUUCAGGCUAUGCUGCACAUGUUGGUGCUUUCCCUCGCCUCGACUCUGACGCAGUACAUGAUCUCGUACACCAUCAAGCACUUUGGCCCUGUGGUCUUCACCAUCAUCGCCUCCACGCGACAAGUGAUCUCUGUGCUGAUCAGUGCAGUGCUCUUCAGCCAUCAUAUGUCAGGCGUGGCCUUGGUGGCGAUGUUCAUCAUGUUCGGCACCUUGAUGCUUCGCUCUGUGCGGCCUUUGGCGAAGGAUCACAACGAGCUGCUGUGGGUGAUGCCUGAGGAGCUUCUCGGCGAGGCGGUGGUGGGUGGUAGGACUGCCAUUCACGUCGUCUACAUCAUCUACACCCUGUUACAGGAGUUCCUGUCCACUCACACCUUCGAUGGACACCUUUUCAAUUUCCCGCUGACCUUGGUGGCCAUCUCCCACACUGCUGCUGCCCUCUUGUCCCUGGCAGCGCUCCGGACACAAGGGCACUCAAUCGUGACGAAAGGCCUUUGGCAAACGAUUCUUCCGGGGUCCACGGACCUCGUGGCAACCUCGCUGCAACACUCAGCGAUCUACAAGAUGUACUUCCCAGCACAAUCAUUGAUGAAGACGCUGAAGGUGCUUCCAGUGAUGAUGAUUGGGAACCUCGACAGCUUUCAGAUGCUUUCAGGCUUACAUGAGAAGGUACAAGAAGGUGAGGAGAGGUGA